AUGGCUCGUACCAAGCAAACCGCCCGUAAGUCCACCGGAGGGAAAGCUCCCCGCAAGCAGCUGGCCACCAAAGCCGCCCGCAAGAGCGCCCCGGCCACCGGCGGAGUGAAGAAGCCUCACCGCUACAGGCCCGGCACCGUGGCUCUCCGAGAGAUCCGCCGCUACCAGAAAUCCACCGAGCUGCUCAUCCGCAAGCUGCCCUUUCCAGCGCCUCGUCCGAGAGAUCGCCCAGGACUUCAAGACCGACCUGCGCUUCCAGAGCUCCGCCGUCAUGGCUCUGCAGGAGGCCGCAGAGGCUUAUCUCGUCGGACUCUUCGAGGACACCAACCUCUGCGCCAUCCACGCCAAGAGGGUCACCAUCAUGCCCAAAGACAUCCAGCUGGCACGCCGCAUCCGCGGAGAGAGAGGGCCUAG